AUGGCUUAUGAAGAUGAAGUCUCAAUUGCUCUGGCGGCAAGCACCAUUUCCACCGAUGCUGCAAACCCCAUCAAACGGGCGUCAGACACGACUGGCGAUUCCUACUCGCAAACCGGAUUCAGCACGUCUGGUGAACAACCAUCUGUCUCCAGUCCCAUGGGCAAUCCAGCCUUGGGUGAGUACUUCAUGGUUUUGGUUCCAGAGAUCCCUACUCAUAUGAAGCCAGGUACUGGAACAACGGCAGGAGGCGUGAAUUGGGUCGGACAUCUGACAACCGCAGGGAACACAUCCCUUGUCCUGAGCUACGAUCUGGCAGUUGGAGGCGCAACCAUUGAUGACCUCGCAGGGGACAUUUACAAACUCCGGGGCCGGACGCCCAUAUUCAUCAAGCAGGGCGACUGGGCAAUUGAACACUCGGCGACUUAUCUAGCUGUCUAUAAUCAGCAGCUCGCGGCCAUGGUGGAGAGGUUCAAGUCUAGCAAUGCCGGCGUCACCGCGGUACUUUAUGACUCGUGGUCGUUCAUGACCAAGGCUCUCGACAAUCCUACCGAGUACGGAUUCCCUGAUGCCACUUGCAUCAAUAAAGACGGUUCUUCGCGUGUCUGCUGGAAUGACUACUACCCUGGGACGAAGUAUCAUCAGCACCAGGCUCAGGAUACGAAGGCUAGUCUGGCAACCCCUUGGUGCGUGGUGAUUCUGGGAGCAGCACUAUGA